AACCCUAGAAAACAAUCAAUUGGAUUGGAUUAUCGACAUUUUUCAUCAGAUCUCCGAUCUCGCGAUAUUGGCUAUGGCUUCAAGAUGCAACAGAUUCAUGAACAAAGCUUCAAUUUCAAAUCUCAAAUCCGCUUUUAAGUCGGCUUCCAUGCCCAAAUCCGCGCCUUCGUCCCCAAAAUUCCCUCUUCCAACCAGGUCCAAUACCUCACCAGUUCCUCGAUUCUCUCUGUCAAGGUGCCCAGCCGAACUUGGAUGUGUUCAGUCACUGUUACCCCUACACAAUGCGGUUGCUGCAGCAAGAUUGACAUCCUGCCUGAGCACAACUUCAAGGAGUUGCAGAUCACUUUCACAGGGUACACUCUGCCGUACCUCUCCCGACCUCUAAUAUCUUUUUUGUUAUUUGACUGCACAUGAAUUUUCCAAUGCCUGAAACAAUGAACUGGGAUUUACGAGACCUGUCAUCAUCUCAAAUGAAUUUGAUGGAACGUGAUACAUUUUGCCGUUUCUUGAGAGCUGGGUUUAUCGGUUCCAAGGUGACUUGUUAGCGGAAAUUUGGACUGAGAAACGUUACCUCAUUGAACGAGAAAGCAGGUUCUGUAAUUCAUCCCGAUUAUUUUGUAAUUCAUAAAAGAUGCUUGAACCUCUAGAAAACAGCUUGGUUCUCAGUAGCACAAAAAAAAAUUCAAUUCGAGUGUUUAUUUUAGUGUUUUUCACAUACACUGUUUCAAAAGUUGGGGUCUUCAUGGAAACAACUACAUCUACUAUUUGGAGUACACCCCAACCCCUAGAUUCUACCUUCAAGUGGGAUAUACGGGAUUAAUUUGGUUUGCUUGGCAUUUUUGUUUACAU